AUCAUUAAGAGGAUGACAGAAAACUUAAGGAUGGCUGCCAUACAAGAAGGCCAACCUCAAAAUCAAGUUGACAUGUGUUGUACCACCUUAACAGUGAGACAGUUAAAUCCAAGCUGUGCUUCACUAGAACAUUUCCCCAUCUGCCAGUUUAGCUCAACAGUGAAGAAUAAUACAGAUGCAGGUGCAUUAAAAGUGCCAUGCUUUGAAACUACUGAGAAAUACAGGACAAUACAAGAGAGGAUUGAGGCCCUUGGCAACACAGCUGCCAUUUUGGAUGAGAGGAUAGAGUCUGAAGCUAAAAGACUGAGGAUCAAUAGAGCAUUACAGUUCCAAGGAAACAAGGGUGGUAUAGAUGAGAGACAGCCUGUUUUUUUCACAAGUUCUCCAUCAACACAAUAUCAAGAAGAUAAAAAACAAAAGUUUGAUAAGACCUUAAAUGUACAGAAGGAGUCUGUACAUGGCUUAGAUGACUCAAAAACAUCUUUAACUAAAUUGCAGAAUCCACCCUGUAGCCUUGGUGGUGAAAUUAAAGAUGGCAGACAAGUGACCCAACGUAGUCCAACAGAAGUAAAGGAAGUAGUUAAUUCAUUAUCAGACACUGGAAGUGUUAGUAUUGGGUUAGCACAUAAUGAUACAAACCUGUACUGCUCAGCUAGAGACCACCGCAAUGUUCCUGAUAGCAGAAAAGAAGUAAAUGAUACUUCAUCACUGAAGAAAGCAGAUGAUUCAGACAUCAAUGAUCUUAAACCUUUCUCAGAAGAAAACCCUAGACUGAGAUAUAUGACUGACAUAGUACCAAACCUCUUUCCCAUAAGCAAUCUACAUUAUGGAUGUUCUUCCGACAGAGACCAUAGUAAUACUGAAGAUAAAGUGCCUAUGGAAGCUGGCUAUGACAUCGGGCAGUCACAAGACAAGUCCCCAUUAAAUAACAAGACUUCCCUGGGAUUUUAUGCCUUAGCAAAUAACACGACUGAGAAUAUUCCAGUUAACAAGGAGAGUAGUCACUCUUUCAGAAUCAAAUUUAGCAACGAUCUCCAUGAUCUUCAAGAAAAAAAUCUCACUUUUACUCAAAACUUGAAGAUUCGUCAGAUUCAUUAUGAACAAGACUUAAAAAGACUGCAAUGGAAAGCAGAUCAGGAGGCCCGUGAGGCCCAAGAGACUCUGGAUAAAAUUUUGAAUCUUGAUUUCAAGGAUAUGAACAAAUCAAAUGCAGGUGGCGGAUGGGCUAUUAAGACCUGCAAAUUUGAAGCAAAUGCCCAUGAUGCCCAGAAAGUUCAGUCUCACACAAGCACUGUGCCUGAAUUUAUUGACCAGUCAGAUGACAUGUUCAAAUAUGCAACACCGCUCUUGGAUGGACUAUCAAGAGAGCAAGUGAAACAAAACAACUUACUACAUAAAGAAGAUGUACCUUCUCCUAAUGGAAAUGUUUCGACAUAUAAUAUGAUCACAUUUUUGGAUGAGAUGAGGAAUUCUUCAGAUGAAAAUAGAGAAGAAGUAAUUGAAUCCAGUGUUGAGAGGAGCGAAGAAAGUCAUCUUUUUGGAAUGACUGGUAUACUUAGUCGUUUUACACUAGAGAUGACCAAGCAGUACCUAAAAGAAGAGGAAUUACGAGCCCAGUUUCAGAAUGCCCUUUUCCAGCUGAGAGAGAGAGCAUUAUUGGAGAAAACAAAGGCUGAAAUAGCUUGGCUAGAACAUCAGAAACGGCACUUGAUGGAGAAGGGUGAAAGCCAAAAAGUAUCUUCCCUCAUUAAGAAGCAAAGUGAGAUUUUUGAUAGACUGCAACAUGAGAAGACUGAAAUUAAACACCUGCAAAAGAUCUACAAAGCUGCUCAUGAAGAAAGAAAGUUGUUGCUGAGGCAACAGAAUGAAAUCAUGAAACUAAGAAAAUCCACAGAACAGCUACAACAAAAACUGUACAGUUCACCAGAAGGACAACAGGAUACGGAUAUCGGACUGAUCUUACCAUGGACUACUGACACACACAGUCUCAAAGACUUUCAAGGUCGUGAAUCAAAUCCUAGCUACUCAUAUGCUAAAAUACCUGGUACUUCAUCAUUUUGUUCAGUGCCAGAGAGUGACAGUGGUAACAAGGAUCAGUCAAGUGAACCGAAGGAUAGUAAAGAAGAAAACAUUCCUGUGAGAAACACAUUCAACACCAUCUUAUCACAUGAAGAAAUUAAUAAACGAAAGCAUGAAGAAAUUAAUAAACAAAAGCAUGAAGAAAUUAAUAAACGAAAGCAUGAAGAAAUUAAAGAAAAGCAUGAAGAAAUUAAUAAACGAAAGCAUGAAGAAAUUAAACAAAAGCAUGAUGAAAUUAAUAAACAAAAGCAUGAAGAAAUUAAUAAACAAAAGCAUGAAGAAAUUAAUAAACGAAAGCAUGAAGAAAUUAAUAAACAAAAGCAUGACGAAAUUAAUAAACGAAAGCAUGAAGAAAUUAAUAAACAAAAGCAUGAAGAAAUUAAACAAAAGCAUGAAGAAAUUAAUAAACGAAAGCAUGAAGAAAUUAAGAAACAAAAGCAUGAAGAAAUUAAGAAACAAAAGCAUUGUCAAUUAAUAAACAAAAGCAUGACAAAAUUAAUAAACAAAAGCAUGAAGAAAUUAAGAAACAAAAGCAUGAAGAAAUUAAUAAACAAAUUCAGUUCAAACACUCCACUUGCAUGGCAUGAGAGCUAUAUCAUGUCUUGUAAAGAAUAA